AUGGUUUCGGCAUGGUGGAUGGUGGCACACUACCUGCUGCCCCUGCCGCUGAUUCUCUUCGCGCUCCUAGCCCUACCUGGACCAAAGCGUGGGAUUCUCCUCUUCUGUACCCGGGUGUUUGAUCUCCCCUUGAUAGGAAUAUUUAGGCUCCUGCAUGUGGCCUUCUUCCUCACCGGGAUCGCCUUCUUUGGUGCCUUCAGGCAGCUGCGUGCCCUGCGUGACCAGCAGCAACUGGGCAUCUACGGAUCCCCCAACCAGGAGAUCGCCCUGCUGUCCAAGAAAUGGCGCACGGAGCGCAACCUCUGGAUCGCGGCGUUUGCCUUUGCCGCCUGGGCCGGCCUGGCCGCCUUCUACCGGGAGACGCAGCGCCGUGUGGCUCUGGAGGACGAACUUCACGGCACAGCCCCCUACCCUUCCACGGGGCGCGGUGGCGCCGGCACGUCGGGCGCAGCCCGUCAACCCGGCAAGGAUGCUGCCACGAAGGGCGGAGCCGGCCUGACAGCCAUCCCCCUGCCCAAGAUCGUCUCCACUGAGAGCGGGGACCUGGGAGUGGUGGAGCCCUCCCGGGACCUUGCCAAGCAGCUGGAGGUGCAGUUCGAGGAUGAGCGGAAGGAGCUGGAGGAGGGGGAGCAGCGUCGGCGGCAGACGGAUGCCCUCGAGGCCGAGGCGGAGGCCGGGGAGGGGGAGGGCGGCGCCGCCGGCAAGCAGCCCCUGGAGAAGAAGGACGACUGA